AUGGCAGUGAACUAUGCUGCUAAAAGAAAGGCUCCAACGCCACUGGAGUGGCAGCAAAAGCAAAAGUCUUUCAAGACCUGGGAACAGGACUUCCCAUCCAGGUCACGGCUCUAUAUGGACCAGGAAGAUUUUGGGCCGACCCAGCCGACUCGAACGUCUAAACGUUCACAAGACAACGGCAGGGACAAGGGCCACAAGCAGCUAAAGCAGCUGAGUGAGAAGGAGCGGCAAGCCACCUAUGGCCACCGCAAGCCCAAAGGCUCUGUGGGAAAAAUCCUGGUCGAGAAGUCCUUAAUGGAGAAGGGGAAGUCGAAACCUGGAUCUGGGGAGCGUCGGGAGAAGGAGCUGAAGGUUGCGGAGCCAAAGGACUUCGAUCAAGUCCUGAGGAGCUUUUCCGACAAAUCGCUGGAAGAUUUGAUGUCGGAAGGCCGCUUUGACGACCUUCGAGCUGUUUGCUCGGCGGUCGCCAGCUUUUGCCCGAUCCCGCACAUGCAUCUCCUACAGACCCUGUCGAAGAUUCCACAGGGGAAGAACACCUUCGACGCGGAGAGCUGCCUCGAUACCAUGAUCGGGGCUGUUGAGUGGAGCAACCGGGAAUCACUCCGCAACUUCCGCCGGCUGCUGUAUCCCAUCGUGGAUACCUUCCUGGAGGAGUCACAGGACGCUAUCCUUCGUCGCAUGAAGGAUAUUCCUUUGAUGAAUGAGAGCUUUACGAACCUCACGUUCACCAAGGGCGAUUACAACGGUGAAUUGAAGCUGACGGAGGCGCUGGUUUGGAGUGGAGAGGGGAGACCAUUGGACGAGUCAGACACGGUUUGGCUGAGUCGAAUGGAGUGGAAUUCAGAAUCUGGAUUCAUGCCCCUUUGCGAGUGUAGUGUGGUCAGCACCUCUCCGCUGGUGCUCAAGUACACUGCAAAGCAAAAGGAGCAACCGGUCAUCCUCGCCGCACUGGCAGGGAUUCCUUGUCGUAUCGACAAGAUGGCGACAAGAACCACAUUUUCCAGGACUCUUUCAGCACUGCAUUGCAUGAUGGAGCCGCCACGGCGUGUGAAAAACAAAAAGUCGCAAAAAGAAGGAGUCCCAGAUCGGUUGCCGAUGAAUUUCGCCCCUUCGGAAACUCUGAAGAGGCUCUUGAUGUGUGAAGGAACAGGCAAACAGAUGAGACUGUGGGCAUCCGAGUAUGUGCGUAUCAUGCCGGAGUUUGACGGCUCUGUUCGAGCACUCUUGCCCACGAGAAGGCUGAACAGAAGCCAGCAGGAAGCACUGGCCCAGGCGUCUGCCAACGCCUUAACCCUUAUUCAGGGACCUCCAGGCACAGGAAAGACAACCACCUGCGUCCAAAUCCUCCGAUAUUGGGCCAAAGCAUUUAAGCCCCCAAACAAGAACACCAGAAUUUUGGCAACCAGUGGGUCCAACAUCGCCGUGGACAAUUUGGUGGAGGGCUUAGUGAAAGAGGGCAUCAAAGUGGUGCGUAUCGGACGGCCGGAAAGUGCCCGGCCCGAGCUCUGGAAUUCCUGCGUGGAGAAUGUGGCUGCGAAGUUGCUCGGGGUCAACAGCUUAGCCGACGUCAGCUCUCAUGAACGGAGCAAAGCUUUGCAUCGUGCUGUCCAAGAGGCUCAGGUGGUUUGUUGCACAGCCAUCAGCGCUGGAAGCAGCAUUCUGAAAGAGACCUCUUUUCCCUUGGUCCUGAUUGAUGAAGCUUCACAAGCGACGGAGACGGCAACAUUGGUUCCAAUUUGCCAUGGCUGCAAGCAGUUGGUUCUUUGUGGAGAUCACUGCCAACUUCCUCCCACAGUGAAAAGCGAGUCGCCCUACUCAGCAGGGCUUAAGAUGUCCCUGUUCGAAAGGUUGGCCCUGUAUGGUUUGCGGCCGAUCAUGUUGAACACGCAGUAUCGGAUGCAUCCUUUGCUUUCAGCUUUCCCGUCGGAGCAGUUCUAUGAUGGACAGCUUUCUGAUGACAAGACGAAGACUCCUGCCACGAAAGCGAAAGCCUGGGUUUUCAAAGAGCCUCUGGUCGUGGCUCCCGUCUUUACUGCGGAAACUCCCAAAGGGACCAGCCACAUGAACGAGGGUGAGGCUCAAACUUUGGUAAGCCAUGCUUUACGGUAUCUUCGAAAUGGCGGUAAGGAGGAGAGUCUUGGCAUCAUCUCACCAUACGACUCACAGGUGAAACUACUGCGUCGGAUGCUGCAGAAACAAGGCGUCCGAACAGGUCUCCAUGGUGUGGAGGUCAACUCGGUGGACGGCUUUCAAGGCCGUGAGAAGGAGGUUAUCAUGAUUUCCACAGUGAGAUCGAACAUAGAGAAUGCCACGGGCUUCGUUCGCGACUGGCGCCGAAUCAACGUAGCUAUCACCCGUGCAAAGUCAGGGCUGCUGGUUGUCUGUAACCCACAGACAUUGGCACGAGAUCACGUCUCUUGGCUCCUUGGCUUCAAAAAGGUUACCAUGGCUGUACUGGUCCAGAUGGCGCGGCUUAACGACGAAGAUGUGAAGCUGCCAGAAUUGCGGAUCGAUUCGAAAAGGAAGGCAUGCGGACUAAGUUCCCUGCCAAAGGUCCUGAUUGAUGAAGCUUCACAAGCGACGGAGACGGCAACAUUGGUUCCAAUUUGCCAUGGCUGCAAGCAGUUGGUUCUUUGUGGAGAUCACUGCCAACUUCCUCCCACAGUGAAAAGCGAGUCGCCCUACUCAGCAGGGCUUAAGAUGUCCCUGUUCGAAAGGUUGGCCCUGUAUGGUUUGCGGCCGAUCAUGUUGAACACGCAGUGCCUUGGAGCAGGGGAAGAGUUGCUGUUGUAUGAGGGCCCACAAGGCAGUUCCUUCUCAUCUGUUCAAGAUCUGGUACGAGCCCUUGAUCGGCUCAGCUUGGCAAUUGAGGAGUCAGGGAGACCAGAGUCACAGGGCUGGGAAUACAUCAGCCCCAGCGCAGAGCCUCAGCGGCCUGGGCUUGAAAGUGUUGCCCAGGGGGAUUACAAUUCUUUUGCUGAGCUUAUUCCUCCUUGUCCAGGUCACUGUUUGCGACUGGGGCGAAGGCUGGUGGCAGGAGAGUACUCAGUUGAAUACAGGAUCAAGAGAGCCUGGGAGGCUGGUUUUUGGGCCUCUUUGGUGCUCGAAGGGCGAUUGCCUCGUCCUAGGGCCAGUUUGCCCCUCAACAUCAGGCCGUGCAUCUACGUCAUCCUGCGAGCCCCAGGCUUGUCAGCACCUACUCGGGUGUCAAGUACCUCUGACCUCUACCGGGUCACGGGUCGGUUCACCGAGGAGACGCUGUGCCACGGGUUCCCAUCAAUUGCGGAGGCUGAGACCUACUGCGAGGCAGCAGUUUUACUAUGGCCCCCUGGGGAGGAAGAAGAGCAGCAUUUGGUGCAGGUUUUUGUCAUUAUGAAGCGAGCAGGUGGUGUCCUGUUGGCUCUUCCAGAAAACAUUUUGGACGAUGCAUCCCUCAGGCGUCAGUCAGAGCCUUUGGAGGAUGGGGGGGAGCCCCUAGUGGGCCCGUACAAAACUUUUGCUGCCCCUUUGCUGAUCAGUGGACUGGAUGGUCGCCUAGAGCAAUCAGGAGAGAGCUGCAAUGUUUUGGUGGUGGAUAUGAGCCUUCCGGGAGUGGGGGACUGUUUGCAUCCAUUUGUAGAAGAUGGUACAGACGUGGAUUUGACAAACCAUUUUAUCAAUUCAGACCCAGGUGCCAGACCAAGUCUUCCAGAUCUUCUGCAUGCGGUUCAGGAAUGGAUUUCUUCAGAGCUGCACGGAGAUCGUCUGGCAUUCUACUCUGCUCAAGAAGAGGAGGAUCACCCACAGAGGGAGUCUCCCACCGCCGCCCCCAAACAUGGGCGUCCAGGUGGUUCUACUACGCCCGGCAAGGCGCCAGGCGUUGCAAAAGCCGGGCAGAAGCGUCCUACGGUGGCAGUACUGGCGGCCCAGCUGGAGACAGUGCUGGGCACUUUGCCUGCUCUCACCGAACAAUUGGCAGUGCUUACAGAGAAACAAAGUGCGCUGGAGAAGUCCCAGCGUUUUGGAGCAGAGCCGGCUGCCCCUUUCAAACCUAUGGCAGUGGGCAAAACGGCAAUGCCUGUCUCAGCGCUGUUGCAACCAGGUGGGACUCCGAAAGCAGCAGCAGGGCUCCAUUCUUUGCUGGGGCCGCCGCCGCCAACGAGGGGAUUGCCUCAGGAGGCGCUGACCGCGCCUCAUGUCAAGUUCCACGAGGACGAGCCAUUGGACCCCUUGCAGCCAGAAGAGGAUUGGGGUGCCCAGUCUCCCAUGGCGAUGGCGCUUCUAGAGCAGAGCAAGGCCCUACGUGCCUUGAUGGUGCACUUCCACGCCAGUGGCUCCGAUCCCAUGUCAGACCUUUCCUCCGCAGCUCCCACAACGGGCGUCAAGGGCACAAUGGCCCGAGAAAAGCUUCAGCGGGAGUUGUCUCAGGGCUCAGGAACAUCAUUGCUGAACUACCUCGAGAGGUAUGGGGGCUUUGGCCAGAAUCGCGAGCUUGGUAUGGUGCAAUGGUCCAUCGCUCACGCCUUCGAUGCCGCGGCAAAGGAAGAAUGGGGGGCCGUGCAGGACCACCUUGCAUUGACAGCAGUCAUGGUGGAACAGGCAAGCCUGGACAACAAUCGUUGGCACCUAGCUUGGCUUCUCAGGCUACUGGACGACCCUCCUCAGAACUUGUGGAUCAGCAGAGGCCAGACAGCAACGGGCGCAAAGAGGCCCUUCUCCCCGCUGUGCUCACCGUCCUGGGUGACAACAGCGUUGGCCUUUAUGAAGGAGGCGGAGGUUUUGCAAACAAAACGACAAGAGAUCUUGGGAGCAAAGAGCCCCGCGGGUCAAGAGGAUGCUCCCACACCGAAGCCUGCUCCAAAGCGAAGGCCUGGCAAAGGUCCUAAGAUGCAGUCCGCUAUCAGCACAGAACUCAGUUUGCGGCAGGGGUUUCAAUGGAGCCUGCCCUACACUGGUCAACGUACAGAUGCAGAGGAGAUCCUCCUUCGUGAUGAGAGCUUGGAUAGCUUCUCUUUCUCCUUUGCGGAAUGGUGCAUGUCUAUCACAAGGAGGCAGCCGAACGAAGUUCAAGCCCGGGCAAUUCAGAAGCUCCGGCUGCUGCUUGAGGCGUGUGGUUGCUCUGAGCACAUUCAAGUUGCCAGUAGCGGCCGUCGAAAUUUGCAGUUAAUGGCCCGCCUUCAAGAGCUGGCAUUGGCUGCAGACAAUUUGGGUCUCAUGCGGAGGCCUUAUCAGGAGCCGUCCUCACAUGCUCCUGUACCCAUCGACAAUGCAGCCUUCCCACAACUGAAUCCUUUUUCCAAUCUCAACCCAGAGAGGCUCAAAAUUACAGGUAGGGGCCAAUGGUGUGCGUCAGAUUUCAUUGAGCCUGAGCUCUACAUGCCUUUUUUGGAGCCACAAAUUUUGGAGCUUGCACAUCCAGUUUUUGACCGGGGCAUUCCAAAUUUUGGGGUAGAUGAGCCAGAGACCGUUUUUGACCUCUUCAAGAAAUGGGAUGAUUUGGAUUUGUUGGUCUUGCAUCCGCGCAGCGAGAUCACUACAGGUGACAGUGGGAGGGUUAAGAUUUUCAACUCUUACAAGUCAGCAGCAAAUGACAGGCAGAUUGGUGACAGGCGAGCACGCAAUGCAUGGGAGGGAAGAAUCCCUGGGCCAUCUUCGGCUCUUCCAGUUGGCCCUCUCAUUGGUAGGCUUGUGAUACCGGAGGGCUAUGGCAUCAAGGUCUGCGUGACAGACAGGUCUGACUACUACCACCAGGUAAAGGUCACACAUGCCCGAAGCCGCUCCAACAUCGUCUGGCCGCCAAUGCCUCUGUCAAAGUUUGUUGAGCUGAAGGCCUACCAGAAGUAUUGUGCAGCAGCAAGAGAUAGCAAAAAGCGAAGAGACCGCACAGUUUUUGGUGAUGAUUUGGGGGGGCACCGGCCUGGAGUUUUUUCCCAGGAGCCCUCUACGCAAGUUUAUGGUGGUUUUGGGGCAAUUCUGCAAGGUGAUCAUUUGGGCGUUGAGUUUGGCAUUUCAGCUCACGUUGGUCUUCUCCAAUCAGAAGGUCUUCUGCCAGACCGUGGACGCCUUGUAGCAGAUGCGUUGGUGAGGCCCUGCGGCCUUUAUCAGGGGCUCUGCAUUGAUGAUUUUUUCUGCAUAGCUCCAGUUCCCCUCAAGGACUUGCAUGAGGGAGAGACAGCAUCUCCUAGUGCGGCAAAGAAAGCGUUUGACGUUGCCAAGGCUUGCUACCAGCGUCAAGGGCUUGCAGGGUCUGAUCAAAAGGACGUUGUCGACAAGAUUCAGGGCACGGUAGUUGGCGCUGAGAUCAACUCUAGUCAGAAGUUGGUUUCGAAAGGGGUGCUGCCAGUGGGAGCGCCAUCAGCCAAGCGGCUUGCCCUUUCUUGGAUAGCUGCUGCUUCAGCUCGUUUGCCUGUCACUUCGGAUGCUCUUCACUCCUCACUGAUAGGCGGUUUGGUGUCAGUUUUUUGCUACAGGAGAUGCAGCAUGUCAAUCUUACAGGAGGUCUUUCGAGUGAUCCCAGCUGAGAAGCUCAACACAGCAGCGCCCAUUACCAGGCCCUUGUCAAGGGCAGCGGCAGAGGAGCUUAUUUUGUCCUCGGUCCUGCUCCCCAUUCUGGUCUCGGAUGUGAAGGCGCCCUUCCAUGAGUGGCUGUACGCCUCGGAUGCCUCCAACAGCAAGGGUGCAUUUUGUGAGGCGCCAAUAAGCCGGGAGAUCCUUCACCCACUCUGGUUGUCAGGAGACUUCAAGGGUGCCAGAACUCAUUUGGAUUCAGGGCACAAGGCCUGUUUUGAGGAAGCUACAUUUUUUGAGGAGGAGGACUGGCAAGACUUUCAGGCUGAGGACACUUUGUGGCCUGAUUUCAGUAGCCAGCCACCACCCUCUCGCCCCCUUCCACAGCGCUACGACUUCAUUGAGGUUUGCGGUGGCUCGGGUGUGGUGUCUGAUCAGGUUGCGCUCCUCGGCUAUGUUGUUGGGCCAAUCAUUGACCUGACCUACUCAGAGCAUUUUGAUUUGCUGGAUAUGAGGGUUGUUGAGUGGUUGAUUUUCAUGGUGCAGCAUCGUAGGGUCAGGGCAGUUGCUUUGGAACCACCUUGCACAACAUUCAGCCCAGCAGCAUACCCCCCAGUUCGCAGCUACAAGAUGCCGAGAGGUUUCAACCAGAAAUCAACAAAGGUUUGGGUUGGCAAUAGAUUGGCUUUUGCUUGUUUGACUAUUCUCCUUGUUGCAGCACACUGUUUGGUCCUGGCCCUCCUGGAGACUCCUAGGAGAUCAAAGAUGGCGUGGCUUGAGGAGUGGAAGAGGCUCUUGCAGUUGCCAAACGUUGAGGAGACUUUCACGGCUUCUUGUUCUUUCGGCAGCCCUUUUCAGAAGGAGUUUCGGUUUUUGGUUGCAAACAUGAGGGCGAGUAGCCUUUGCCGGCCAUGCACGAGGGAUCACUCCCACGUGAGGAUACAAGGCCAAUUGACCAAGGGGUCGGCCGUCUAUUGCCCAGGAUUGGCAAAGGCUAUUGCUGGUCUUUUUGCAAAGCACCUUGAGGUCGAGAGGGCGUACAGCCAAAAGCAUGCUUUGAAGUGUGACGGAUUGGAAAGUGCCUUUGUCAAUGAGCUGGUUAAAACUUCAAGUUGGGAAGUUGGCGGUGUUUGGAAGUGGACAGGGAGCUCUCACAUCAAUAUUUUGGAGACUUCAAGUGCGUUGCGGACUGUCAAAGCUGCAGCUUUGAGAGGAGGCGGAAGAACGGCCCUUUUGUUGGACUCGAACGUUGCAGUCAGAGCCAUUGCAAAAGGAAGAUCAUCUGCACGAGCUUUGGGGGCCUUGCUCCGGAAAAUAGCCUGCGUCUCCUUGGCUUUUUCUGUCUUCCUCUCUGUACUCUUCUGUCCUACCAGACUGAACUGCGCUGACGACCCAACUCGAUCAGUGCCACUGCGAUUCAGGCGAGAGGGCCAAAGCUUUCUGCAGGUUUUGGACUUUGAUGGACUUUUCAACCUUGCAGAACUCCCUAGGCAGCGAAGGUGGAUUUCUAAUUGGGUGAGCCUUUUCCUUGGCCUCUGCUCCAGCCAUGCUCUUCGCUUGGGGUCAUUGCAGUGUUUUCAUCCACGCUUCAGGUCACCUCUCCCUCCUGUGGAUUUCUACCAUCACAUCUUGGACUUUGACUCCACUUUGGGUUUCCCUGGUGAAGGUCCCAAUAGCCAUGUAGGUAGUGCCCAUGUUUUCCUUUUAAUUUGCCUUGUAGUUUGCAGCCAUGGAAUGUUUCCUCGCAAUGGAGACGACGUCAAGCGUGCCGAGCGAAGACUUGCUGCACCACUGCUUCCUGGCCGCCCUGUGAGGCAUGCAACCCGGACAAACAGGGAGAAGCUCCUGGACAGUUUUCGGGAGUGGCUGAAGAAAAAGGGCUUUAGCCUUGAUGUCUUGCUGUCUGCUGCGUAUGCUGAGCCGGAGUCACUGGUGGUACACCUAGUUGAUUUUGGGAAAGAGCAGUAUGAAGCUGGAUAUCCCUACAAUCACUUCGCAGAGACAAUCAACGCCAUUGGAGCUGCAAAGCCGACGGUGCGGAGGUUUCUCACAGCUGCUUGGGACCUGGCCUUCUCUUGGGUGCGCCAAGAGCCAGGGGAGCAUCACACUGCAUGCCCGUUUCAGAUACUGCUGGCGCUUUUGAGUACAGCGAUUUACUGGGGCUGGCCAUCAAUUGCAGGUGCAAUAGCGCUCUCUUGGGGUGCGGUCUGCCGCAUUGGUGAAGUUUUGCAAGCAGUCCGACGGGACCUGGUUAUCCCAGCAGAUGUGAUGUUUUCAAGCACUGUCAUUUACCUCAAGGUUCAAGAACCAAAGACGCGUUUUAAAGCUGCGCGGCAUCAGAUGAGUCGCCUUGACUACGAGGAUCUUGUGCAGCUGGUUUCAUGUGCUUUUGGUCACCUUGAGGCAGACAAAAAGCUUUGGCCUUUCUCAGGCCAAUUGAUGAGAACGCGUUUCCGACAGUUGCUGGCGGCAGUAGGUUUGCCCACCAAAACUCAAGGUCAAGGACGUCCUCUUGACCUUGGAAGUCUUAGAGCGGGUGGUGCAACCCAUCUUUUGAUGAUCACGGAAGACUCAGAGCUGGUAAGAAGACGUGGCAGGUGGCUGGCCCAUCGCACUAUGGAAAUAUAUCUGCAGGAGAUUGGAGCUACUGUCAUGUUUCCAAGCUUACCGGUUGGUGUGAAGACAAAGGUCAUGCAGUUGGCCUAUGCCUUUCCUGGUCUUUUAGAAAAGAUGAGGUAUCGGAUGCAUCCUUUGCUUUCAGCAUUCCCGUCGGAGCAGUUCUAUGAUGGACAGCUUUCUGAUGACAAGACGAAGACUCCUGCCACGAAAGCGAAAGCCUGGGUUUUCAAAGAGCCUCUGGUCGUGGCUCCCGUCUUUACUGCGGAAACUCCCAAAGGGACCAGCCACAUGAACGAGGGUGAGGCUCAAACUUUGGCAACUCAGCGCAAAAUCGCACUGUCAGAAAGACAAUCAGAACGACAGGAACCAGCAAAAACUCAGGCAGAGAUUACGGGAGAUGCAGAAUAUCCUGUCAUGAUGCUGUAUCUCGUGAUUGCAUUUGAGGUAAGCCAUGCUAUUCGUUAUCUGCGAAAUGGCGGUAAGGAGGAGAGUCUUGGCAUCAUCUCACCAUACGACUCACAGGUGAAACUACUGCGUCGGAUGCUGCAGAAACAAGGCGUCCGAACAGGUCUCCAUGGUGUGGAGGUCAACUCGGUGGACGGCUUUCAAGGCCGUGAGAAGGAGGUUAUCAUGAUUUCCACAGUGAGAUCGAACAUAGAGAAUGCCACGGGCUUCGUUCGCGACUGGCGCCGAAUCAACGAAGGCAUGUGGACUAAGUUCACUGCCAACGGAACCUCCUUCCCCAUCCCGCUCCCGGUCGCCUCUGCCAAAAUGGAAGAGGUGGUGAUCGGAGCAUCGAAGUAUCGGUGCCGACAUCGGCAUAGUGUGCUGGGAGGAAACAGAAAUCCCUCCUUGCGCUUCCUUGCGCUUCCUUGCGCUUCCUUGCGACUGUACUUAGAGAUGCCAAGUUUCAAGGUUAUCAUGAUAAGCACAGUCAGAUCGAACGUAGAGAAUGCCACGGGCUUCGUUCGCGACUGGCGCCGAAUCAACGUUACCAUGGCUGUACUGGUCCAGAUGGCGCGGAAUGACCAAGAGACCUUUGGAUCAUUUUGGAUCUACCUGACGGUAUUCAAUAUGAUGUUGAAGACAUUUCGCUUUGAUUUCCGUAGCAUUUGGAAUCUCUUUCGAGCUGUUCACUGGGCCAAGCUUAACGACGAGGAUGUGCAGCUUCCAGAGCUGCGCAUCGACGCCAAAAGGAAAGCCUGCGGCCUGCAAGCUUUCCUCUUGGCGUCGAUGCGCAGGAUGAAGGAUAUGCCCCUGUUGAACGAAAGUUUCGCCGAUCUGACUAGAUUCGUAAAGCUUUCGUUCAGUAAAGGCGUAUCCUUCAUCCGGCGAAGGAUAGUGUCCUGCGCUGUAUUGGAUGACCAGAAAGCGCCCGACCCAAGCUGGUUGAAACCGUUGUGGAGAGCUGCGAAGUUGCUCAGGGUCACCAGCUUGGCGAACGUCAGCUCCGACGCCACUGGAGUGGCAGCGAAAGCAAAAGUCUUUGAACUUCAAAGACUUACGCUUUUGCUGCCACUCCAGUGGCGUCGGAGACAGUCUUUGAAGACCUGGGAACAGGACUUCCCACCCAGGGACAAGGGCCACAAGCAGCUUAAGCAUCUGCUUAAGCUGCUUGUGGCCCUUGAGAAGGAGCGGCAAGCCACCUAUGGCCACCGCAAGCCCAAAGGCUCUGUGGGAAAAAUCCUGGUCGAGAAGUCCUUAAUGGAGAAGGGGAAGUCGAAACCUGGAUCUGGGGAGCGUCGGGAGAAGGAGCUGAAGGUUGCGGAGCCAAAGGACUUCGAUCAAGUCCUGAGGAGCUUUUCCGACAAAUCGCUGGAAGAUUUGAUGUCGGAAGGCCGCUUUGACGACCUUCGAGCUGUUUGCUCGGCGGUCGCCAGCUUUUGCCCGAUCCCGCACAUGCAUCUCCUACAGAACCGGGAAUCCCUCCGCAACUUCCGCCGGCUGCUCUAUCCCAUCGUGGAUACCUUCCUGGAGGAGUCACAGGACGCUAUCCUUCGUCGCAUGAAGGAUAUUCCUUUGAUGAAUGAGAGCUUUACGAACCUCACGUUCACCAAGGGCGAUUACAACGGUGAAUUGAAGCUGACGGAGGCGCUGGUUUGGAGUGGAGAGGGGAGACCAUUGGACGAGUCAGACACGGUUUGGCUGAGUCGAAUGGAGUGGAAUUCAGAAUCUGGAUUCAUGCCCCUUUGCGAGUGUAGUGUGGUCAGCACCUCUCCGCUGGUGCUCAAGUACACUGCAAAGCAAAAGGAGCAACCGGUCAUCCUCGCCGCACUGGCAGGGAUUCCUUGUCGUAUCGACAAGAUGGCGACAAGAACCACAUUUUCCAGGACUCUUUCAGCACUGCAUUGCAUGAUGGAGCCGCCACGGCGUGUGAAAAACAAAAAGUCGCAAAAAGAAGGAGUCCCAGAUCGGUUGCCGAUGAAUUUCGCCCCUUCGGAAACUCUGAAGAGGCUCUUGAUGUGCGAAGGAACAGGCAAACAGAUGAGACUGUGUGCAUCCGAGUAUGUGCGUAUCAUGCCGGAGUUUGACGGCUCUGUUCGAGCACACUUGCCCACGAGAAGGCUGAACAGAAGCCAGCAGGAAGCACUGGCCCAGGCGUCUGCCAACGCCUUAACCCUUAUUCAGGGACCUCCAGGCACAGGAAAGACAACCACCUGCGCCCAAAUCCUCCGAUAUUGGGCCAAAGCAUUUAAGCCCCCAAACAAGAACACCAGAAUUUUGGCAACCAGUGGGUCCAACAUCGCCGUGGACAAUUUGGUGGAGGGCUUAGUGAAAGAGGGCAUCAAAGUGGUGCGUAUCGGACGGCCGGAAAGUGCCCGGCCCGAGCUCUGGAAUUCCUGCGUGGAGAAUGUGGCUGCGAAGUUGCUCGGGGUCAACAGCUUAGCCGACGUCAGCUCUCAUGAACGGAGCAAAGCUUUGCAUCGUGCUGUCCAAGAGGCUCAGGUGGUUUGUUGCACAGCCAUCAGCGCUGGAAGCAGCAUUCUGAAAGAGACCUCUUUUCCCUUGGUCCUGAUUGAUGAAGCUUCACAAGCGACGGAGACGGCAACAUUGGUUCCAAUUUGCCAUGGCUGCAAGCAGUUGGUUCUUUGUGGAGAUCACUGCCAACUUCCUCCCACAGUGAAAAGCGAGUCGCCCUACUCAGCAGGGCUUAAGAUGUCCCUGUUCGAAAGGUUGGCCCUGUAUGGUUUGCGGCCGAUCAUGUUGAACACGCAGUAUCGGAUGCAUCCUUUGCUUUCAGCAUUCCCGUCGGAGCAGUUCUAUGAUGGACAGCUUUCUGAUGACAAGACGAAGACUCCUGCCACGAAAGCGAAAGCCUGGGUUUUCAAAGAGCCUCUGGUCGUGGCUCCCGUCUUUACUGCGGAAACUCCCAAAGGGACCAGCCACAUGAACGAGGGUGAGGCUCAAACUUUGGUAAGCCAUGCCUUACGUUAUCUGCGAAAUGGCGGUAAGGAGGAGAGUCUUGGCAUCAUCUCACCAUACGACUCACAGGUGAAACUCCUGCGUCGGAUGCUGCAGAAACAAGGCGUCCGAACAGGUCUCCAUGGUGUGGAGGUUAACUCGGUGGACGGCUUUCAAGGCCGUGAGAAGGAGGUCAUGAUGAUCAGUACAGUCAGAUCGAACGUAGAGAAUGCCACGGGCUUCGUUCGCGACUGGCGCCGAAUCAACGUCGCUAUCACCCGUGCAAAGUCAGGGCUGCUGGUUGUCUGUAACCCACAGACAUUGGCGCGAGAUCACGUCUCUUGGUUACCAUGGCUGUACUGGUCCAGAUGGCGCGGUCUCUGGCUUAACGACGAAGAUGUGAAGCUGCCAGAAUUGCGGAUCGAUUCGAAAAGGAAGGCAUGCGGACUAAGUUCCCUGCCAACGGAACCUCCUUCCCCAUCCCGCUCCCGGUCGCCUCUGCCAAAAUGGAAGAGGUGGUGAUCGGAGCAUCGAAGUAUCGGUGCCGACAUCGGCAUAGUGUGCUUGGAGGAAACAGAAAUCCCUCCUUGCGUUUGCUUGCGACUGUACUUAGAGAUGCCAAGUUUCAAGGCACAGUGUACAUGUUGCAGCAGCUAGUUCCAGCU